GGACUGACCAUGUAGCCAUGGUUGGCCUUGAUCUUGCAGAGGUCUGAAGGCGUAAGUCACAAACAAUGCCACGCCAGUUUGGAAUUAUGAUUAAUAGGGUGUUAUUUAUUUAAAGAGGAAAAAACUUACAGAUCACCGUCCCAGACAACAGCCCUCUGCGCAACCAGGAAAGGGAGUCUAGUUGCCAGCCGAGCAGGAAGUGGAGAGAGACAGAGCGCACGAAAGGAAGGAAGUAGCCACUUUUUUAAAGGGAGAGAGACCACGCCCCAAUGGGAUGGUAUCUCAGCAGCUAUUGGUUGGAGGGGCGGAAGGACCUCCCGCAACAGAGGUCCACCUAUUGCUGCCUCCAGAAUGCUGGGAUUAAAAGUGUGUGCUGAGAUUUUUGUUUUAAUUAUUUUUUUAUGAAAGGAAAAUAAAAUUUUGAGAGAGUAGCACUGUAUGUUGAGAAACCCCAUAUUGAAUAUGACUAAUAUGUUGAAAUAAACAGGAACACCUUUGAGAACAUAAUUUUUUUAAAAAAAGAAAAAGGGGUGGUAGUGACACACACGUUUAAUACCAGCACUUGGGAGGCAGAGGCAGGCAGAUCUCUGAGUUCGAGGCCAGCCUGGUCUACCUAGAGAAAGGACAGCCAGGACUGUUAAUUGAGAAACUCUGUCUCAAAAAAAAAAAAAAAAAAAAAAAAACCCAAAGGUCAUGUAGCUCAGUAUGGUAAAGCACCCAAGGCUUCAGAUAAACAAGAAGGGACCACUUACCCCUUCAGAUAAACAAGAAGGGACCCCUUACCACUUCAGAUAAACUAGAAGGAACCCCUUAUCCCUUCAGAUAAACAAGAAGGGACCCCUUACCCCUUCAGAUAAACAAGAAGGGACCCCUUACCCCAUUCCUUUUCACUGCCACUUCAAAAUUCAGUUCAGGUGAAUUUUUUUCCUCCUACUGCUAUAUGAAUUCAUAGAGAGCUCAAUAAUUUCUGCAAGGCAUUUUUUAAACUUUUUAUUGAAUCUUUGUGGAUCUGCAUCAUGCACCCUGGUCACACUCAACUCCCUGUCCCCUUGCUUCUGCCCCCUCUGCCAGACAUCCUAAGAUACUAAAAAUAUUGGGUAUUUAUCGACCGAUUGGUGUCAUGGUAGUCAUUUAGACUCAAACUUGCUUAAGCUUUUUGUGUGAGCAUAAGUGUGUGCCCUCAGAAGCCAGAAGAGAACAUCAGAUCCCUGGCUCUGCAGGUACGGGCUGUUGUGAACUGCCCGCUGUGGGUGCUGUGAACUGGACUCAGGUCUUCUGCAAGAGCAUCAACCACUGCGCCAUCUCUUCAGCCACUGAACCUCUUCUCUUUAUUUAAAUUUGUUUGUUAGUUUUCGAGUAAGGGCUUCUCUGUGUAGCCCUGACUGUCCUAGAACUUGCUCUAUAGACCAGGCCAACCUUAAAGUCAGAGAUCUGCCUGCCUCUGCCUGGGAUUAACGUCAUGUGCCACCAUCAGGCUUAGUUUUAUUUCUUUAAGGCAAAAUCUUCCUGCUUUUGAAAGCCUGCAGCGUGAAAGGUACAUGAUCCUCCCAUCCCCCAACGCUUCAACCUCCAUUCUGUGCUUUCUACAGGUGAGAAGUCUCCAGCUCAACUGGAGUGGGGGCUGGGAAAGAGAAAUCAGAGGUUAAAGAACAAUAGGCUAGCCGGGCGAUGGUGGCGCAAGUCUUUAAUCCCAGCACUCGGGAGGCAGAGGCAGGCGGAUCUCUGUGAGUUCAAGACCAGCCUGGUCUACAGAGCUAGUUCCAGGACAGGCUCCAAAGCCACAGAGAAACCCUGUCUCGAAAAACAAACAAACAAACAAACAAAAAAAAAACAAUAGGCCAGCAUAGUUCGUGGCUCUGUGAUUUAGUAUAUCUCUUCUCUUAUUUUCCAAGAGAAGUUGCUUCUGGACCUCUGUUCUCUGUGUGCAGCGCUUCUCCUACUGCCACCUCCUCUUCCCCUGGACAUGCAGGACCCCCUUGUUUGGAUGGCUCCUGUUUGUCCCAUGAGUCCUCUUGGGUAGGAUCCAACACAGCCCAAGCAGCCACCACCCUUGGGGUUUUCAUCUAGUGUGAAGAUGAGAAUUACUGCCUUCUGGUCACGUACAUUGUUCUCAAACAUUCUCUGACAACUUUAGUUCCUAGUGGCACCUACAGGAAGGCCUUUUCUUAUGAAAAGGAAGCAUACAUUUUUAUUCCCCCAGGAAAAUUAUAUUCUAUAAACAACUUACCCGAGUUCGAGGCCAGGCUAGUCUACAGAGUGAGUUCCAGGACAGCUAGGACUGUUACACAGAGAAACCCUGUCUUGAAAAACAGCAACAGCAGCAGCAGCUUACCCACAGAAAGUCUAUUAUUCUCAACUUUCCAGCCUGUUGUGAGUUAAAUAAAUGGAAGAGAAAAUUGGGUUUGUGGGUUUGAGUGAAGGGCCCUUGACAUUUGCCUCAUGUGCUGUCCUUGGGAUGUCACUGUGACUGACAGAAGUCACCAUCCUGUUAAAAAGCCAGUUGGUGGCUGCAGAGUUGGCUCAGCUCUUAAGAGCACGUGUUUGCUCUUGCUGAGGACCUGGGUUCUGUUCCCAGCACCCUCGUGGCAAGUAACAACUGUCUGUGAUCUUCUGUCUUCCGAAUGCACAUAGCGCAUGUAUAUAUAUGCACACAAAAUACUCAUACACGUAAAAUAAAUACAUUUGAAAAGGGGAUGUUGGGUCAGGAGUUCCAGGUCAGCCUCGUCUACAUAGCAAGUUUCCAGCCGUCUUGGGCUGCAUAAGGCAAUGUCCCAAAAAGCAAACGAAUACAUAUCUAUAAAAUAAAAUAACCCAGGGCUGGAGAGAUAGCUCAGUGGUUAAGAGCAUUGCCUGCUCUUCCAAAGGUCCUGAGUUCAAUUCCCGGCAACCACAUGGUGGCUCACAACCAUCUGUAAUGGGGUCUGGUGCCCUCUUCUGGCCUGCACGCAUACACACAGACAGAAUAUUGUAUACAUAAUAAAUAAAUAAAAUAAAUAUUUAAAAAAAAAGAAAAAAAAAAAAAUAACCCAACAGAAAAAUGUAAAUGAAUUAUAAGAGCACAUUUGCAGGAAGAAACGAGUUGUUUAUAAACUUAAGCUUUUCUUCUUCCAUAAGUAGAGAACUCAGAUUGCAGCUAGAAUUGGUGCCUGUUGGAGAAUCCUAGGGAAGUCUGUGACCACGGUGCUCCUCAGGUGUGGGGUGUCAGUGUUCCCAUACAUUAUUACACAUGGUUUGGCCUUGUUAGGGAGCAGGCAGUAGACAUCCAUAACUGUAGGCUCUUUGGGGUGGGGUGCAGCUUACCCAGAUCCAUCGUGUUCCAGAAGCCUUUAUCUUGGAUGUGGGAAUGAAAUAGCUCGUUAUCUCCAAUAUGUUACAUUAAUUUAGGAUGCACAAAGGAGACAUGAGCCAACACAGAGAAAUGGUUUUAGGUUCAUGUAAGAGGUGAGAGCCAGCUACAAGGGGAGUAAAUUCUCAAGUAAAUUCUCACCCACCUUUACCCUUCUUGGCUUUGCUGUUUUAGGUUGUAUCCUAUAACUUCUGAAGAGGAGCCCAGAUCUCAAAACCAUGGCUCAGGGAUCCGUGUCCUUCAAGGAUGUGACUGUGGACUUCAGUCAGGAGGAGUGGCAGCACCUGGACCCUGGUCAGAAGACUCUGUAUACAGAUGUGAUGUUGGAAAACUAUGGCCACCUCCUCUCCGUAGGGUGUGACAUGUCUAAACCCGAUGUCAUCCUCAGACUGGAGCGAGGGGAAGACCCCUGGGCAUCAUUUGCAGGUCAUGUCUGCUUAGAAGAAAAUUGGAGCUCAAGAGAGAUUUUAAUGAAAUUCAAAGAACACCGUGAUACAUACCCUAGAUCAUUUGUGUAUGUGAACUAUAAAGAACUGGCUAAGGAGAGCAGUACGUAUCCUGUUAAUCCCAAAGAACUACCUCCUGACUGUGAUACCUGUGGAGACAUUUUAGAAAGUGUUUCAGAAUUAAUCAACAGUAAUCCAAGCCCUGCAAGGAAGAGACAGAGUGAGUAUGAUGGAUAUUGGAAACCAUGCCCAAAUUCCAUGCGAGACCUGGGGCAUCCUGAAUUCAAAUUCCAUACUCCGAGGGGCAAGGCUUGCAGUCACAGUGUUGAACCCAGACAUGAGAAAGCAGGCGCUCCGGGACAGCCAUUUGGACGUGAGGACUGGGAACGGUCAUCUCUCAGAAAGGGGAAUCCGUCUGUACAUAACAAAAGGAAAAGCGCAACAAAUACUGAAAAGACCCACAUCUGCACAGAAUGUGGGAAGUCCUUCUGCAGGAAGUCAGUGUUGCUUCUGCACCUGGCAGUUCACACAGAGGAAAAGCCUUAUCAGUGCCCUCAGUGUGGAAACGCAUUCAGAAGGAGGUCAUAUCUCAUUGACCACCAGAGGACUCACACCGGGGAGAAGCCCUUUGUUUGCAAUGAGUGUGGGAAGCCCUUCCGCCUGAAGACAGCCCUGACGGAUCACCAGAGGACACACACAGGGGAGAGGUCGUAUGGAUGUCCACAGUGUCAGAGUGCCUUCAGGUUGAAGUCCCACCUCAUCCGUCAUCAGAGGACUCACACAGGAGAAAAACCAUAUGAGUGUACUGCCUGUGGGAAGGCCUUCCGCCAGAAGACAACACUCUCCCUCCAUCAGAGAAUUCACACAGGCGAGAAACCCUAUGUUUGUAAAGACUGUGGGAAAUCAUUCCACCAGAAAGCAAACCUCACCGUCCACCAGAGGACUCAUACAGGGGAGAAGCCCUACAUUUGUAAGGAAUGUGGGAAGUCGUUCUCCCAGAAAACAACACUUGCUCUUCAUGAGAAAACUCAUAGUGAGGAGAAGCCCUAUAAGUGUAAUGACUGUGGGAAGACCUUCCGCCAGAAAACAACCCUUGUGGCCCAUCAGAGGACGCACACCGGGGAGAAAGCGUACACGUGUCCUUGCUGUGGCAAGGCCUUUAGAAUGAAGUCGUACCUCGUUGACCACCACAGAACCCACACCGGCGAAAGACCAUACGCAUGUGACCAGUGUGGCAAGUCCUUCAGUCAGAAGACCAAUCUCAACCUACACCAGAGGAUUCACACUGGGGAGAAACCCUAUGUUUGCAGCGAGUGCGGGAAACCCUUUCGGCAAAAAGCAACGCUCACUGCACACCAGAAGAUCCAUACGGGGCAGAAGUCCUAUGAGUGUCCCCAGUGUGGGAAAACCUUCAGCAGGAAGGCCUAACUCGUUCAUCAUCAACGAACUCACACAGGGGAGAAGCCCUACCAGUGCAAUGACUGUGCAAAGUGCUUCCGCCAGAAGACAAACCUCAUUGUCCACCAGAGAACUCACACGGGGGAGAAGCCCUAUGUGUGUAACAAAUGCAGCAAGUCCUUCAGCUAUAAGAGAAACCUCCUUGUCCACCAGAGGCUUCAUAGGGAGAAUACGGAAAUGGAACAGGAGAGCCAAGUGGCGUCUGUGCAGUCUUCCCGUGACUGGAAGCCUGCCGUUCCGGGAGGAAAAACACGCUUCCACAUGUCAUAAGUGACUGACGUUCCAUCCCUCAGCACUGUUUACUGCUUCCCAGUGUGUGCGGUAGAUACAGGCAUUGCUGAACUGGGUCAACUCUGAAGAUGAUCUGUAACCUUUAGAUGGUCCGGCUGACUUUGAAUACUACAUCAAAAAAUACUUUUAGUUUUAGAGCUACCUGACCUACACGCCAGCCAGCGCUGUAUGGGGGAGACCCUCUCAAAGCAACAACAAAAAAAAUGUAUAAUACAUGUAGGAACACGUUAGAAAAUGUUUAUCAGCAUUAAUUACCAUACGAGAAUAAGAAGGAACCAUCUCAUUGUAUUCAGUAUUACUAGAAAGUUAUUACUGCUUUCCCUGUGAUAAGCGUAUUUACAUAUUUAAUUUUUGUUUUUUGAGUCAGGGUUUCUCUGACUAUCCUGGAACUCACAGAAAUCCACCUGCCUCUAAUUCAAGUGCUGGGAUUAAAGGUGUGCGCCACCACAGCCUGGCUCAUGUUCUUAAAUUUUAAGUCUGUUUUAUUAUGCAUCUUGGAUUUCUUUUAACAUCCUGCUUUGUUUCAUAUUUUAAAGAUUGGUACGUUACUGCAUGUGUCAUUAGUAGUACAUUAAUUUUAAUAUUUUAUUUAAAGUUGUCUUAUUUCUGGAUAUUUAUAUUUUUGAUAACUUUGUCAUAAAAAUACUGUUAUAUUCUGGUAUAUGUCUUCUGGUGUUUGUAUAUGUGUAUGCAUUUCUUAUUACUUAAUAUCAAACUGGAAUUUUUCCAUCCAACAUGUAGGUCUUUUCAGUUAUGGUACAUUCUGCCAUAUAUCUCAGACCUCCCACAAAAUGAUUUUUUUUCCAAGACAGGGUUUCUCUGUAGCUUUGGAACCUGUCCUGGAACUAGGCACUGGGCUCUUCCGGCCCUAAAUAUCCACACCAUUCCAACUUAAGAGUUUCUUCCUUCCAACUCUGCAGCUACAUACUCUCUUAAAAAAAAACCAACAAGCCCCAAGCCCUUUAACUGCUCUCUCCACUCCGAGAGGUAGACAUGGCAGCCUUGGACAUACCCAGAUGCCUCUGCCUAUUCUCACCACCACCUGCGAGAUAGGCACUUGACAGUUUAAGAU